GUCAAUGUCGAUGUCCUCGGCAAUUGUUACAGCAACUAUCGGCUUUGGCACUCGUUCGGAAUCGGAUCGGUUGGUAAUCUGGUACUACUUAGAAGUCAAGAUGAAUGAUCUUGUUGAGUAAAGACUUGUUCUGGUACCACUUAGUCUUCGAUCUUAAUGAGUCGGUCGUUGUGCCAUCGGUUCUUCUGUCGUGAAGUCACUGUAUGUGUACAAAACCUCCACACAUCAUGGGUAUUCCCUCCUCAUCCCUUUUCCUGCAAAACUUCUGACCCUCUUUCUUUAGACUCACUUGCGUUAUUGUUAAAAGAAAUGUGAAUCUCCAACUUGAACCAAGAAAAAACAACCCUCACCUCGACCUCCAUAGAAAGAACUGCUCGUGAGUUGUUGCUCGGAGUGGAAACAAGCCAUGUUGUUGCUCAUCUGUAUUUGAUGUGAAUAUGGAUCUUUCGACAGCGGACGCGCCGCCGGAAAUCCGGCGAAAGUGCCGAAGCGCACUUCAGGGCGGACAGGAUGAGGUAGGCUUGUGAUGAUGAUGUGUGUUGUCGUUGUCGACUGUGACUGUCCUCAAUCUUGCCUUGUUUGCAUCCUAAUCAAUUUUUGAGACACUGGGAUCUCCCUUUCGGCGUUCUCGGACUACAAAAAAAGCGAGGUAGAUGAAUGACAAGAGACAGUACCUCAUGCUAGGUAGAUGAAUGACAAUGAAUGAAUCAUGAUUAGAGCAAAAGCAAUGCAUAGAGUUGUCGAGCAGUAGAUCAUUUCCGUGAUCCCAUUUCCUACUAAUCCUAAUCCUAAUCCUAAUGAUGAUCGUAACUAGUAGCACUCGCCUCCUUCAUCUUCAACAUCUUCUAAAUAGCGUGAAAAACUAGACACCUGAACAACUACAGCUUUCGUGCUUGCAGUUUCUCACGAGGAUGGCCACAGAGCAGAGUAGGAACUGCUAUCAAGUCUUCGUGGCCUCAGGGAAUGAACCAAACAUACUGCACUUACUGGUCGACCGAUUGGGGACCGCAUCGGCAGACAUGCGGACGCAUAUUCUGUCCUGUCUAAACGCAUUCGAUAUGCCAGAGUAUUCUUUUUGUGUCUUAGCUCAACAUGUAGAAGUAGAUGUUCAUAGACCAUAGUGGAGUAAAAGUUGUUUUUGGAACAAGAAAGCUCGAGUUUUUACUUCGACCAAGUCUGUGGUCUUCCAUUGCUCUAGUCAGCGUGAACAACCUGAUGGUUGUAUCCACCUCGUCUCUAGUACCGCACGCUCUUGUAUGGUUCUGGUAUUUUUGGUAUAGCCUGAAUUUGAUCAUAAGGGUUCUACUCUUCUUGUUUUCCCUUAUGAUCCAACUCAGGUUAGUGCCAAAUAUCCCGCACGCCAUUAACUGCUCGCCAGGUACCUUCUUCCGGCAUUCCUUACCUCGUUGGAGAGCAGUUCAUGGCAGGUUCGGAUGCAAGCUAUUCUAGCGUUGCAAAGUCUGCACAACUUCACUCCUCAACAAAAGCAGAUACUGCAAGACGCCCUGACUGGCAUUCUAGACCGUGACUCCUCGGAUUUGGUCAAGCAGGCAUCAAAGCAAACACUAGUCCUGUGGGAAGAGUUCGCAUCCUACUACAAUGGAGGCGGGUCGGACAACAAUAACGGAGGUAAUGGUGCUGGUGCUACUGCAUCAAGCACUAAUAAUAGUGGGUAUCAUGAUGUCAAUAUCAUGAUGGGCGGUGGAGGACAAGCACAAGUAGGUGUUUCUAAUGGCACAGGAGGACUACUAAAUGCAGGAGACCAUGGAGUUGGAGAUCUUACAUCAAAUAGUAUGGGAGGAGCAGUUCCACAUGGACAAAUAAUGAAGAUGGACACCUCGUCAACAGACCACCUUUCUCCGCCAGGAUGGGCCAUAGGCGGAGAUCCGCUACAGAUAAGUCGAUCGAGCACGCAUGUAGACAGUAGUUUUGACGGUUCGAGCGACUCAUUACGCAGCUCUUUGAUCGGAGGUGGGGGAUCACAACAUCAGAAUCAGCUGACAGUCGGGGGGUCAUCCUCGAGUACAGCACCACUAGCAGGAUUGUCGAAUAGUAGCACAAACUCUCCGUAUUUUCGGGUACCUUUAAGGGUAGCAGGUUAAAGAUGUUCACCUUCGUCCCCUUGUUACAGCGUUCGGUGUGCCUUUCUGAAGGAGGAAAGGCAUAACGAACGGGGUAAACGAACACCUCCAAAAGGGUGCCUCUAAUACCUGCGGACUUCGUGUCGAGAAUAACGAGAAACGAUAGCAACAUGCAACUACUGGAAGACGUCCAUGGGGUCAUCCUUGGAGCCAGUCCAGUUGGGUACCUAUUUUUUCUCCGUCAAAGAUAAACAAACAAAGUACCUUACUUUUUCUUCCUAGUUAGCUUGGCUCCACCCGUUUUAUUAAGUAAGUAGUUGGGGCAUUGACGACACGACAUCAAGGACAACUUCUAACAACAUCAUCGAGGUAAAUAACACCAAUGUAACUCUACAACAAGUAUCCUCCAAUCAAAAAACCAACAGGUACGAUCCCAUGACCGAGGAGUGUGUAUCUCUACUUAAUGUCAACGUGCUCAAGAAGUUUAUGGAGAGCGUGCUUUCUCAGACGCACUUUAAGGUGACUUUGACGACGCUGUACAUCAUCGGCGACCUAGUGGCUCCGGUAGCUUCCAACAACGUGGAUCAAGCAACAGCUUUGCAGGAAUCCGCAUUGAAAGUUCUGCCAUCCAUACUCCAUCGCAUCUUCGAUAAACUCGGCGACACCAAAUUCGUUAUACGACAAACGACAUGCAAACUUGUAACGAAAAUCAUAGGUACAAUCACCUUUACAGUAGUUUAAUGCCUAUCUUAUCGUUAUCCAUCGUUGGAAUUGAGCUUACUGUGUCACCGGUCUUUCCUUUCCCUAGAACUCGCCAUGAAUUCAGAGAUUCUACUUCUACUCCUUCCUUUCUCGUCCCUAUCCAACAGGUGCCAUGGAUCUCGACAUGAAUUCCGAUCUGCUACAACUGGUGUACCUCCUAUUCGAAGAGUUCGAGAAUAGCUCAGGAGGCAAGAGCGAAGCGCUUGUGACAGUCCUAACGACUGUGCUAAUCGUAAGUCCAAGAGCAGGCAGUCAAGAUAUGGCGAAUUUGAUAUCGACAAGGCUCCAAAAAUGGUUCGAGAAAACGAAGGACGAACGAGUAGCGAUAUUGCUUGGAGAAGGUACUACAUACUUGGAAGACCUCUACGUGCUAGUGCCUAGUUGUUAUCGUUAUAUUUAUUCUGGUGCCAUGCAAGAAAAAACCAGUCCCUAGACUACCUGUAGAUCCCCACAAAAAAAACCUGCGUGCUCGUUUUGAAUAAUAAGAACCUUAAACAGUAUGCUGGUCUCCUUGGUGAACGCCGUCUCGUCCUCUCAUCAUUACUCUGCCAUGCAACUACACAACCUGGCACUUGCUGUCAGCUGUCACUGUCUCAACAUCUUUCCUAACUCAUCCAGGUCUAGCAGUGACAUCACGUAAACUUGGCAUCGUUGGUCCACAAGAAGCGUAUUCGCAUGCCUCUGAGAAGUACACAAGCAUUUUGAGGUCGCAAGUUUCAAGGUCACGCGACGCCAUGCUGCCAGCCGUAAAUGAGGAAGGCCUCCUCGAAUAUGCGCCAGAAAUACAGACUGCACUGGAAGGUACAAAUCAACAUUUACAUUUUCGCUAACGAUUUCUGGUGGCAAGAAAGCCGUAGUUUUUCAUCCACACCCUGAAGAUCCAACUCAGCUUCAUUCACUUCCUGGAGCUUCAUUCCAGUACAACAUGUUGUUCUCCUCACUCAAACUUACUAGGUACCGGCUCCUCGCUUCUCGGGGGUUUUUAUAGCAGCGACAAUAUCUUCGGUAGCAACGCUUACAACAUGUCGAAAGUAAGGAAGAUGCCAGCGCCCAUAUUGAAGACGGAUGAUAGGAUGAGUUGCGUCUCGGGGUCGACAAAUAGCAGCAGAAAACCAAGAGUCACAUUCUCGGACGUAGGCGACGAAAAACACUCUUCAAGUCGAAGCUGUACUUCUAAAGGAUUUGCUUGGAAUUGGAUUUCUAGAUGUUAAAGUUAUUCUACUUGAAGAUCUUGAACUUGAUCAUGUUGCGGUCUUGAUCGUAUCUCGUACUUCUACAGCUGCCUCAGCCUCAACCAGCGGGUCGCUCAGUUGUGGCGUUUCUAGUGCAGCAUCUUCGGCAAGCAACUCAACCUCGGGUGUGGAGACUGGUAAUGUUUUCGUUUUUAGAUUUCAGAUCAGAGGUGUAUGUUCCACCAUGAGCUGUAGCUGAUUGCACACUCUAAAAUAUACCCUGGGCCCAACUGGUAUCAAAAUCCAACAGGCGGCGUUCACGGUUCUGGCGUUGGCGACUUAACGAAGACGUUUUUGAGCUUGAAAGGCGAGCAUGGUGGUAGCAAACUCGCAGCAGCGGCGUCGCUCCAUUUAUCCUCUUCGCCGUCUAAGAACUUUGGAGCUCCUGAUUAUGGUCAACAUUUAGUGUCCAUCAUUCUCGGCAUCUUGGUCCCCUGUUCCACCCUUGUAUUCUCGUGA